AUGUGGAAAUCGUUAUUAAAGUCUCUCUCUGGUCUCCCAAAGAAUUGUAAGAGACAAUAUUGUUGGAAACCUGUGGAACCUAUGGACCCUGGCACACAAGUCGCCAUUUUUCAUAAUGGUGUAAAGGUUGCCACGGAGGAAGUGGAAUCACCUCUGGCGUGCGUAACGUUGUCAGUAGCUGCGGGUUCUAGGUAUGAGACAAGACGUACUAAUGGUCUGACGCACUUUAUUGAGCAUAUGGCAUUUAAGGGAUUGCUUACGAUGGGCAAAGAUAGGUUUGAAGAAGACGUUGCACAAAUGGGAGCAAAGAUGUCAGUGCAGACUACAAGGGAAAUGCAGGUAUUCUCAGUAGUGGUGCCGUCUGAGAUGUCGACUGCCGCUAUAGACAAAUUGUACAGGAUCAUCUGCGAAUUAGACCUAAACGAUCAUGAGGUAUGUCAGGAGAAGAAUCGGAUCUGUUUCGAGCUAAAUGAUAAUGAUACUAAUCCAAAACAGCUGGUGUUUGACUAUCUGCAUGCAACUGCGUUCCAGGGCACGCCGCUAGCUCAGCCUGUUAUGGGUACGUCUGAAAAUUUGGAUAAAUUUGAUGAGGUAAUGAUAAAUAACUUCAUGUGUGAGCAAUACCAACCUUACAGAAUCGUGUUGGCUACUUCGGGACGAGUAUGCCACGAUAAAAUAAUUCAGUUUGCAGAGCCACGGUUUGGAGGCAUACCGCCACAGCCAUGCCGUGAGCCGGAGCCAGGACCAAAUAGGUACACGGGGUCGCAAGUAGUAUAUCGUGACGAUUCUAUGCCUUUCUGUUAUGCAGCAAUCGCAUUCGAAGCGCCAGGCUACUUUAGCCCGCAAUACCUCAGUAUGCUGUUGCUGACACAAAUAGUAGGUUCGUGGGACAGGAGCCAGAGCCGUGGCGAAAACCACGCGGCGCUAGUUGCGCGCGCGGCCUCAUGCGCCAACCUGUGCGAGAGGUAUGACACAUUCUACAUCCCAUACCGAGACAUUGGCCUGUGGGGCAUCUACUUUGUCGCUGACAAGUGGAAGUUGGAUGAAGUGGUGUCUUAUAUUCAGGACCAAUGGCUGCAGUUGUGUACUAUGGCACGAAGUACCGAUCUCGAAAGAGGUUUAAAUGCCCUGCGGUUAAUGUUGGCACGGCAGUAUGGGAGUGUCGUGAGCUCGUCACAUGAUAUAGGGAAGCAGAUGCUGUACACUAACGGCCGCAAGUCCAUCGACCACCUGCUUCAGAACUUAAAUCAGAUCAAAGUGAGCAAUAUUCGCAACUUGGCAACGCAAAUCAUGUAUGAUAAGUGCCCGGUAGUGGCCGUCGUUGGACCGUCAGAGACGAUGCCCGACUACAACAGAAUUAGAGCUGGCCAGUGGUGGCUCAGAGUUUAA